GGAAGUACAGUCGCGGUGAAGGUGCUGGAUCCCAAGAAGAUCAACGGUGACGUCGUGGACGCCAUCAAGAGCGAGGUGACAGCCAUGACUGCCAACCGGCACCCCCAAAUUGUCACCGUCCUUGCUGCAUCGGUGCAGCUCCCAGAUGCCUCCAUCAUCAUGGAAUACUGCGCCCGGGGGUCACUCUCUGACGUUCUCGCGCGUGCGAGGAAGUCACCCGGUAGACUUUGCUGGCGCGUGCGGCUGCUCAUGGCCUCGGAUGCGGCGUGUGGCCUUGCUUACUUGCACUCGUCCGCCAACCAGAUUGCCCACAGAGACAUCAACACCCAGAAUCUGCUGGUGACGGAGGAUAUGCGGGUGAAGAUCGCAGACUUUGGGCUGUCCAGGCUGAUGGCUGAAUCUGAUCGAGACGCCAUGUCAGACGGACUCAGAAAUUGUCUCUUCCACGCUCCGGAGGUGAUACUGGCGGGUGAAAACACGGGGUUCGGGACGCGCGCGGAUGUCUUUUCGUUCGGGUGUGUGCUCUGGUGCCUCGCCACGCUGACCCCGCCAUGG